AUGUCUAGUUCCCGUGCAAUUCUCCUCGCGAUCCUCGUCACCAUCUCUGCUGCAUUCUCACUCGCCGACCCGGACGCACUCCAAGACUUUUGCGUGCGCGACACCAGCGCCACUGCCCCCAUCAUCAACGGCUUCACCUGCAAGCCCGCUGCCGCCACCGCCGCUGCCGACUUCAAGUUCUCGGGCCUCCAGAAAUCCGGGAACACCAACAACAAGCUUGGCUCCGCCGUCACCGCCGCAAACGUGAUCUCCUUCCCGGGGCUCAACACCCUCGGAGUCUCCUUCGCAAGGGUCGACUACGCUCCAUUCGGUCUCAAUGCCCCUCACGUCCAUCCCCGGGGCACUGAGAUCCUCUACGUUCAGCAAGGGACUCUCUACGCGGGAUUCGUGAGCACCACCAACAACACGCUCUUCGCGCAGACCUUGCAUCAAGGUGAUCUCUUCGUGUUCCCUCGGGGCCUUGUGCACUUCCAGCUCAAUGUCGGCGAGACCCCUGCCGUGGCUCUCGCGGGAUUCAACUCCCAGAACGCAGGUGUCACCGCAGUUGCCAAGGCCGUGUUUGCGUCCAAUCCCGCCAUCACCGAUGCUGUGCUUGAGAAGGCGUUCCAGAUCAAUCCGGAGCUCGUCGACCGCCUCCGGGAGCUCAUAAUGACCACUUGAGAGAAAGAAGUGUGUUUAUGAUAU